CGGUGAAAUAUCGUUACGUCAGUUCCGGUGUCGACCAUUCGGAUAUUUUGUGUUGUUUGAGAAGCUGGUAAGUUUUUCCAAGACUGUUUUUAAAAUGAUGUCUCUUAACAGCUGGCACAGAAUGGCGUGGCAGCCUUCGUUAGGGUUAGACGACAGAAGAUAAUUCUGGCUGUGGUCUUAAUUGUGAAAAACUUCUCCUGUGUUCAAACGUAAUCCAAACAAAAACCACAAGGAAGGGCAAUAGAAGCAUUCACAACAACAACAACAACACUAAUAAAGGCAGUGAGAAAACCCUCCAAAAAUUCCCGAUGCAUUGUGGGUUUGCUACUUGAAUCCAUUCCUUGCCCACCCCAUUUACAGCAACUCAACCACAUUGCAGCAACACAGAUUUACCCCCACCCCAUCUUCAGUGUCUCACACUGUUUGGGGUGUAGCGUUGUUGUUGUUGUUGUUGUACUAGUGGUCGUUAUAUAAAUACAUCCUAAAUUCCAUCGUUGGUUCCUUUCUGUAAAAACUACCGCCCGCACCCAGCUGUGCCCUCUUCCGUCUUCGCACCUUCCACCCUUCCUGUCUCCAGCUCCAACAAUGAAGGUCUACGCUCUCUCGAUCCUCUACAAAGGGGAGACCAAAGCCCGUCUACUGAAGGGUAGUUAUGAACUGUCAUCCUUCGGCUAUUUCCAGCGAUCAACUGUCAAAGAGUUUAUGGAGUUCACCAGCAGAAUUAUAGUAGAACGUUCAAAGCCAUUUUCAAGAUCCUCUGUCAAAGAACAAGAUUACCUCUGCCACGUCUACCUACGAGGUGAUUCGUUAGCCUGUGUUAUGAUAGCAGACCAUGAAUAUCCACAGAGGGUGGCUCACACAUUGCUCUCUAAAGUUCUUGAUGACUUUAAACUCGCAGUUCCGCCUGAGAAAUGGCCAACCGUAGUAGAAAGUGAAGUAAAUUUUCCCCAGUGUGACCAGUAUUUAAAACAGAGCCAGAAUCCACAAGAAUCUGAUGCGAUGACAAAAAUCCAGAAUGACUUGGAUGAAACAAAAAUUAUUUUGCACAACACAAUUGAUGCCAUCUUGGAGCGUGGUGAGAAACUGGAUGAUCUUGUUGAAAAAUCAGAAGGACUGAGUACCCAGUCAAAAUCUUUCUACAAAACAGUGAAACCCAGAGAACCAACGCCCCUUCCAGCCUCUGUUGAAGAACCCUUGGUCAAGACACAACGACCUCAUCUAGCUGGCUACUCUGUCCGUGGACAUGCUGCCCGCAAAGAUGCCAAUACUGGCAGGGCCAAUAGCAGAUCUCUCUGUGGCAAAUGUAGUUGCCAGGCAGCUAGCCGCUUUCUCCGAGCUGCUCGUGACUCAAUAGCCCGCAAAACAAACCAAUGCUGUACCCUGCUGUAACUAUCAGAGCUGCUAUGCUAGCUCUGUAUUGGUGACUGGCGACACUCAUCUUCCUCCAGUUAUCACAACUGACUGACUGAAGCUUAAACUGAUGCCGGCCCCCUCCCCUC